AUGGCAGCGAUGUCUACGGCGGGUUCUGGCCUGGCUUAUCCGGAGAGAUUCUACGCGGCGGCAGCCUACGCUGGUUUCGGCGGAUCCCCUAACUCUGCGGCUAAAGGCGUCACCUCUAAGUUCUCAAACGACACUGCAUUGCUCCUUUACGCCCUCUAUCAGCAGUAUUAUAAUUUAUACUCUUUUGUACAGGAGGAAGAUCCAGGAUGGUAUUCAAGAGUAUCAAACUUUGUUCCUGAGCCUGUCCGCGAUGUAGAAAUGAAUCAUAGCCCUAAAAUAGUGGCAGCCUCUGAGAAUGGAAACAAUAUCCUAGAGGUGAAAACUCUUCCAACUCAAAAUGGCAACCCUUCUGAAACACAGGAUAAAGAUGUUGUAUUGGAGGGCCUUGGAGUAGUUGGUGUAUAUGACCAGUGGGUUGGACCUCCAAUAUCUGGCCCAUGUCCAAAAGCCAGAUACGAGCAUGGAGCAGCAGUUAUUGAUGAUAAGAUGUACAUAUUUGGUGGAAACCACAACGGUCGUUACCUAAGUGAUCUCCAGGUUCUGAAUAUGAGAAGUUGGACUUGGUCCAAAGUUGAAAUUCAGGCAGGGACAACGCCUUGUGCCGGCCAUUCAUUGAUACCGUGGGAUGGGAAGCUUCUUUCAGUUGCUGGACAUACAAAGGAUCCUUCUGAAACUUUGCAAGUGAAGGUGUUUGAUCCGCAAACUUGUACUUGGUCCAAGUUGAAGACUUAUGGAAAGCCUCCGGUCUCUCGUGGAGGGCAGUCAGUGACCCUUGUGGGAAUGACACUGGUCAUAUUUGGUGGACAGGAUGCAAAGAGAUCUCUUUUAAAUGACCUGCACAUUCUGGACUUGGAUAGCAUGACUUGGGAUGAAAUGGAGAUGGUGGGGGUUCCGCCUUCUCCAAGAUCUGAUCACACUGCAGCAGUACAUGCAGAUCGUUACCUUCUUAUUUUUGGUGGGGGCUCCCAUGCAACUUGCUUUAACGACCUUCACGUUCUUGAUCUUCAAACUAUGGAAUGGUCAAGACCAACGCAGCAGGGUGAGAUACCUAGUCCACGUGCUGGCCAUGCCGGUGUUACUAUUGGAGACACUUGGUUCAUUGUUGGCGGAGGGGACAAUAAGAGUGGAGUCUCAGAGACUGUUGCCCUCAAUAUGUCCACAUUGGUCUGGUCAGUUGUAACUACUGUCCAAGGGCGUGUUCCCCUUGCUAGUGAGGGUUCGAGCUUAGUCGUUAGCUCUUACAGUGGUGAAGAUAUCCUGGUCUCAUUCGGUGGAUACAAUGGGAGGUACAACAAUGAGAACAAAUUACAAACAGAACAAAUUUCGGAUGUGCGCUUGAUCCCACUUGGGUGUCUUCUCGCGCGAGCGCUGGUUCCGCCUCAAGAUGUUAAGUAUUGGGCUUUCGCCUUGAUUAUGUUGCGCCUGUUGUCGUCAGACAACAAAUUCUUAUUAGGGUUUUGUGUGUCUGGGUUUGGACUUGUCGGAGCGUGGGGACCACGGGGCGGGUCUGAGAUAGCAGAGGUCUGUCGGUGUCGGCGGUUUGCUAAGCUUGCGAAGUUUUGGAGAGGAGAUGGGUUUGCUGCUGGGAAUGAUGGGUUUGCUGCUGGGAAUGAUGGGAGGGUGAAGUGA